GUUCAGAUUACCCCACUGAAAAAAAAAGUCUCCCCCCAUACCCUGUGCUUGAUCGCGCUCCGGAGGAAGCCAUCGACGGAGAGUCAUGGCGAGCGGCGGCGUGGAGAAGACGGCGGACGAGCUCCGCAAAGAGAUCCAAGAACUCCAGCGCCAGCAGCGCGAGAUCACCGAGCGGCUACGAGAUCCGAGAGGCCUCCGCCGCGCCGGCCUCGCUCCCGGCGGCCUGCGCUCUGUCGGAGGGCCUCACCAGCGCGGUGUUGUUCGACCCGCGGUGGAAUCCGAGGACCAGCCCGCUCCCAAGAGACGGCUCCUUUCGGCUAUUGUCAAGGUGGAUGGUGGAGAAACCAAAGAGGAUGAGAGCGGCGUGAAUGAUGCCAAGGAGAAGGAUCCAGCUGGGGAAGUGGGGGCGGCCUCCAGUGGGGAGAACAGCAAACAGAAGGCUGUGGACUCACCGAGUAAUGGUGGGUUCAGAAGGGAUGGGAAUGCCCGGUCAAGGAGAAUGGACUUUGAUAUUCCAACAGAGCCGGUGCCGAGGAACCUGCCGAAAGAUGAGGACCCAAGCUUGGUCAAGAGGAACAAAAGAAUGCUGGGGCAGCUCUUGGGGACACUGGAGAAAUUUCGUGAAGAGGACAAGCAACUAUCAGCAACAGAGGCGUUCAUGCGUAGGUCAGAUUCCUUACGAAGGGCUGAACAAAGGGCACGUGAGGAAAGCGAAAGGUUAAGGCAACAAGAACGAGAACAAAUUGCAGAGAAACGCAGGCGUGAUCUGACACUUAGAGCUCGUGUCGCUGCUAAGGCAGAAGAAAAGAAGUUGGAGCUGCUUUUUCUUCUCUGGGCUGAGCAUCAUAAGAAGCUGUCCAAUUUUGUAAGGACUAAGGCAGAACCCCCAAUAUAUUACAUGCCGGUCAAACCAUUAGUCGAUGAUCCUACUAUUGUUGAACAGCACAAAGAACAGGUUUUUCUUGAAUGGAAAUCAGCACGAAGAGCCGAGUUGUCAGAAUACCAAAAGCAAGUUGAGGAGCAGUAUAUUUCAAAUGUCGAGAAGGAGCUGGAAAGGUGGCAGAAUGCUCGGAACGCAAGGAGAUCAAACAAUCUGGUGACUCUACAGGAGACUAUGGACAAGGAGCUAGAGACACACAAGCUGGAACAUGGCCCCAAGACACGGAGGAUUCCAGGUGGCAAUGACGAUGAAGAGGAUGUGGAGGAUAUAGCUGCUGAGGAUGAACUAAUGGAUGAAGUCCUUGAAGUCCAUGAAAGGAUUGAUGAUGAUACGGUCAAGCUGUCUGAAACUGGUGGUAAUACUAGUCCAAGCCCUGUUGAGAUGCAGUAGGAGGGUGUAGCAACUAGGUCACUCAUUCAAAGUAUUCUGUAUUUCAGUAAAAUUUAUAUUCUGAAUUUGCAUUGUGUUGGCUCGUGUUUUUGAGGUUGUAUUUGCCUUUUCCUUUUUGGCUUUUGAGUUUUCAAUAUUACCAGCAUCAAGUCUUACAUUGAGACGUUAGACCCCUGCAUCUGUUUUCAUGUGAGGGUCUUGUUUUAGAACCAAGUUUCACAUUGUAGUUAUUCUAUAUUUCAGUAAUAUGACACUUGUUUGCAUA